AUGGAUUCGGGAUUAAACACUAGUCAGAGUACUGGAUCUGAAGAUGCUGCUGAUAAUAACCAUAUAAUUGAAGAGCCCGAGUCCGAGAAGCCAGAUCAAGAGGAAGUAUCGCGAAAAAGAAAAAGUGGCAGCCUUGAAACUCAGGAGUCUAAUCAGCCUUACCAAAAGAGGCCGAGGAAGAAGAGCUCUCGUUGCUGGCGAUAUUUGGACCAGGUUGAGGAAAAGAAUCAGAGGUUUGUAAUUUGUAAACUUUGCAAAUCAAAGAUGAAAUUAGGGAGUUCGGGCUGCACAACAACAUUAAACAGGCACGUUGAUAAAUGUAAGAGGACACAUGGACAGACAAGUCAAGCAACACUUCAGUUUCAACCGAGCGAUUCUGUCUCAUCAGAGGUAACACUUGGUAAUUUCAAAUAUGAUCAUGCUGAAAUGAGAAAAGUCAUUUCUCAUUACAUUUUAGUAAAUGAAUUACCAUUUAGGCAUGUUGAAAGCUUUAUGUUUGACAAGGUAAUGAGAACAGCUACCCCUUUUUGGCAGAAAAUCAGUAGGCAUGUUGUUAAAAAGGAUUGUGUUAGUACUUAUGAAAUUGAGAAAAAUAAAUUAAGAGAAUUGUUGAAAUCUGUUAGGAAAAUUAAUAUCACAACUGAUAUGUGGACUUCCUCACAUCAGAAACUUGGUUAUAUGGUUGUCACGGGUCAUUGGAUAGAUUCUGACUGGAAUCUUAACAUGAGGGUCCUGACUUUUUGUAAUGUCCCUCCCCCACAUAGUGGAUUUGUAAUUUCAGAAGCUUUGCUCAAAUGUUUUAAUGAAUGGGGAAUAAUUGAUAAAAUUGGGACAUUAAUUGUAGACAAUGCUGCUGCAAAUGAUGAUGGGUUAGACCCAACACAGGAAAUUGUUGAUCAGGUAAGGGAUGGGGUUAAAUAUAUAGCAGCCUCGGAAAGUCGUAGAAUUAAGUUUGCUGAAAUAUCCAUGUCACUAGGCUUGAAGUGUAAAAAACUGAUUUUGGAUGUAUCAACUCGUUGGAACUCGACAGAUAAUAUGCUGUCAUGUGCAAUUGAGUUCAAAAAUGUAUUUCUUAUAUAUAGCAUAGCUGAUCAGGGGUUUAGGGAAUAUGUUCCAAGUGCAGAUGAUUGGGAUAGAGUUGCUGGUGUGUGCUCCUUUCUUCAGGUGUUUUCAGAUGUCACGAAAGUUGUCUCUAGAACGGAGGAAGACAAAGAAGCUAAUAAAAAGAGGCAUGAAUCAAGUGAAAUGUCUUCUUGUGAUGCAAAGUUUAUGUAUGAACAACGGGAAACACCCAAUGGCUUAAAUGAUUACGAGAGUUUUAUUCGGGAAAGUGGAGGUAUAAUUGAGCCCACAAAGUCAGAAUUGGAGGAGUACUUAAGCGAACAAAUUGUGGCUCCAACUUCAAAGUUCGAUGUUAUAGCUUGA